GCGCCAUGGAGCCGGAGCCGGAGCCCGGGCUGGGCUGGGGCUGGGCGGCGCUGGUGCUGCUCUUCGCCGCCUCGCUGCUCACCGUCUCGGCCUGGCUGCUGCAGUUCGCCCGCGGCGUGUGGCGCGGCCGGGGCCGGCCCCAGGAAGCGACGCCCACGCCGACGCCGCGCACCGCCGCCGCCGCCGGCCUCUGGGCCGCCCUGCUGCGUCGGGGCUCGGGCCGAGGAGGAGGCGGCGGGGAGGCGGCGGCGGCGGCCGGGCCCCGCGGCUUGCUGGCCUCGCUCUUCGCCUUCCGCGCCUUCCGCGAGAACUGGCAGCGCGCCUGGCUGCGCGCCCUCAACGAGCAGGCCCGGCGGCACGGGAGCUCGGUCCAGAUCACAUUUGAGGAGAGGCCUCAGCAGCUGCCAGCUGUAAACAUCAGCCACGUGACCUGCACAGACCAGUCGGACUGCAGUAUGAUGUUGCACUGCCACCUUUCAGCUGAUGCUGUGCAGUUCCCCGUCUCAGUCACUCAGCAGUCCCCAGCUGCGGUUUCCAUGGACACCUACCAUGUCACCUUGGUUGUGCUGCAGGCCCAGCUGGAGAUCCGUCUGGAGGAGAUCCGGGAUGAAGGACUGCUGGUCUCCUGGGCGUUCAGAGGCCGGCCCAGCCUGAACCUCUCGGUCGUCCCAAAGCUGCAGCUACGUGAAGAGGAGGAGGAGGAGGAGGAGGAGGAGGAGGGGAAAGUGGACCUCUCCACCAUAAAGGACCUGAUUGAAGACUCUGUCAUUGGCACGCAGCCAGCCAUGAUGGUGAAUCUCAAGGCCUGUGUAGCAGACGGCACCGUGGUAUCCUGUAACCAGCUGUCCCAGGGGCUGCCGUCCAGCCCUGCCUCUCCUGUGAUGCCCAAGCUGCUCCUCCAGCACCUGCAGGCCCUCCGCCUGGGCGCCCAAGAGAUGCCAGCAGGUGGGCAGCUGUGCUGCGUGGUGGAGUUGGGCAGCCCCCAGCAGCAGAAGAGGACCAAGCCGGUGCCGUGCGUCAGCUCCAGCCCUGCAGCCGAGGUGGAGUGGGCCGACCAGCUCGUUCUGGAGCUGGGCCCCAGAAGCAAAGAGCUGAAGCUGAGCGUCCUCCGGAGCCACAGUUGGGGGGAGGAUGUGCUCGUGGGGUUUGCCACGGUCCCCCUGGACCCCCCCGCCAAGGAGCCACGGGGGCAGCAGCUCUAUCGGCUGAGUCCUGGGGCUGGCCGGAAGCUGGCCCCAGCCGCCGCCAUUGCAGUGGAGCUGCUCUAUCAGGAAGUGCCGGAACUGCAGGCUGCAUCAUUGCUGCGCAGCACCAUCACCCCCACCAAGAAGAUUGAGAUGGACCGCACCAUCAUGCCCGACGGGACCAUCGUCACCACUGUCACCACCAUCCAGUCCAGGCCCAAAAUGGACUGCAAGCUCGAUUCGCCCUCGAGGUCUCCAUCAAAGGUGGAGGUGACGGAGAAGGUGACCACGAUGCUUCCAGAGAACGGCUGUCCCAGCAAUGCAUCCCCCAGCAGUAGCAGAAGCAGCCGUGUGUCCAACGGCUUGGACCCGGUGGCUGAGACGGCCAUCAGGCAGCUGACCGACGUGACCAAGAAGCCCUCCAAGAAGACGCCAACAAAGCGCAGUACGCUGAUCAUCUCGGGCGUCUCCAAGGUGCCGCUUGCCGAGGAUGAAAUGGCCCUGUCCCUGGGCUAUGCCGCCUCGCUGGAGGCCACGCUCCAUGAGGACUCCCUCCUGGCCGGCAUGUCCGAGUACAGCCAGAGCCUCACCGAUCCCGCUCAGCAGCUGGAGGCCUCCUACGCAGCCCAAAGGGCGAGCCAGGAGCUGGAUGAGACGGCGCGCUCGGACAUCUCCGAGAGGCCCUCGGUGGAUGACGUGGAAUCCGAGACCGGCUCGACAGGGGCGCUGGAGACCCGGAGCCUGAAAGACCACAAAGUGAGCUUCCUCCGGAGCGGCACGAAACUCAUCUUCCGAAGGAAGAACAAGCAGAAGGAAGCCGGCCUCAGCCAGUCCCACGACGACCUGCCCAACGCUGCAGCCGGCUCCAGCGCCAGGAAGAAGUCCGGGAGCUUCUCCCGGCGCCUCAUCAAGCGGUUCUCUUUCAAGUCCAAGCCGAAGGCCAAGGCCAACGGGAGCACGCUGGCCGUGGACAAGCACUGAGAAGCUGGCUGCCGGACCGUGGUCUCCAGAAGCCCCCCCGUGUCGAUGCUCCCCCCACUCCGCGUCUGCAUCACAACCCCAAUUCCUCUUCCCUCCCGAGCAAAGGGAGCGGCCCCCUCCAGGGCGGUGUGUGUGUGAUGAUGCUGGGAGCUGCUGCCCAGUGGCCACUGUGGAUGCUGCGGCCUCCUGGUGGAACAGUCCACGUGCUGCCACAGCCCUGUUUGUAGCUGAUCUGUGCACUCUGUCUUGGGGGCGGGGCGGGGGGAAGGAAGCGGGCCCCACGUGCCGCCUGCAGCCUGAACUUCAACUCCUGGGAGUACGUGAAGGAGAAGAUGAUCCCGGUGGGGUAAUGACCCCCCACCCUAUUCUGGGUGCACGUGAAACACUCUUAUCGGGCAGGGAGCAAGGCGCGCGCUGGGCGCGUUCUCCUGGCUUACUGGCUUUUGUUGGUUCUACUGCAGUUGCCCGGUUUGUAAGCUAAUAUCCAGAGGAGACUCCUCGGGCAUUCCAGUGGCUUCCUCUCCCACGGAGGCUGCCCAUGUCACUGUCGGGGAAGCCAGCCACAAUGGCCCUCCGCAGCAAAGGCCCUGCCUGGCCUGUGUCGGCAGAAGACAAGAUGGGACGCAGCCGGGUGAUGACUUUGCAGUGGGAAGAGAGCGGCUGGGCUGGGCUGGGCUGGGCUGGGUGCGAGAGAGGCCUCUGCCUUGGCUCAAAGGAAAGGUCCUUCCUCCGCUCCUGCUCCGCUCUUCACAAUUGGAUUUCUGAUCUGCCCUGCGUCAGGGCGUGGACAAGAAGCGAAGGCUCUGCAGGAUGCCUCAGCCGCCAACUCUCCCUCAGAGCUUGGAGAGAGAGAGAGAGAGAGAGAGAGAGAGAGAGAGAGAGAGAGAGAGAGAGAGAGAGAGAGAGAGACUGCUCCAGCAGAACCAAAUGCUUAACACUGGAGUGCUGAAGUUUCAUUCCAAAAAUGAGGCCUUGUGCACCUGAACGGAGCUGAACUGCACUUUUGUAAAAUCCGGCUGCUUGCCAAUGGGGAUCCUGACAGGCGGUGGGAG